AUGGCCGCGGCCUCGUCCAGCGCACGCGCGCGCCACCUGCUAGCUCCCGCCGCCUCCUGGCUGCGUCCCGCCAUGUCCCCUGCUGCGCCCCGACCCUGCACGUCGCGUCCGUCCUCCCGCGACGCUCACUGCUGCUGCGGCCCGAGCUCCACGCCAGCCGUCACCCGCCUUGCCGCAGCACGCACCGCGCCGACCGCGCCUAUCGGGCUCCGACCCCAGUGCCCCGCUGCCCACCUCACCGUCGGCGUUCCCCUAGCGCCGCUCGUCGUAUCCGGCGCCGCCUCGACCCCGUCGCUCGCCUCCCCGUCCUCACCCCUCCUCGUGGAUCCGGGCGCGACCUCGACGCCACCACGCACCGCCGUCGCCGAGCGCCGUUCGCCGGAGCCGUCAACCGUCGCCGCCGUCAUCCUCAUCUCCCCCCGAGCAGCUUCACCAAGCCUCACCGCCCCUCGACCCUACAACGCUGGUGAGGCCACCGGCCUCCUCUCCCCUCUAUCUCUGUCACCGGCUCCGUCCACCCGCGCGCUCAUGGCCGCGGCCUCGUCCAGCGCACGCGCGCGCCCUCGCCGUCCCGCACGCGCGCGCCACCUGCUAGCUCCCGCCGCCUCCUGGCUGCGUCCCGCCAUGUCCCCCUGCUGCGCCCCGACCCUGCACGCCGCGUCCGUCCUCCCGCGACGCUCACUGCUGCUGCGGCCCGAGCUCCACGCCAGCCGUCACCCGCCUUGCCGCAGCACGCACCGCGCCGACCGCGCCUGUGCCUCGCCCACGCCUUGCGCCUCCCCACAUGCCACCGCUCGCGGCUCCACCGGCGUCCGCCACCACGCCGCACUGACCUCCCCACGCGGCUACCUCCGCUCACCUCCCCCCCGUGCGCCGUUCUGCACCUCUCCAACUGCUCGCCGGUCGCCGUUCCGGCCGCGGCCACCGGCCUCCCCUGUUCCGGCGCCCUGCCGGGUCCGCCCGCCCCUGGGCGUGUGCGCCCGCUCGGGCCGCGCGGCGCCCCGUGCCCGCUAA